GAUGAAUGACACUUUAGAUAUUAAAAUGGAGAAUCUACAGUUCAGAGCUACUAAAAUUGACAGCCGUGGAUCAAAGAGCCCCUUUGAUAUAACCUUUGAUACUUUUGGCACUGAAGGCUACACCAAUUUAUCUACUAAUAUAUUCAUUCCCACUGAUGAACUUGAAAAGUUGGUAAACAAGGUAGUUGUGACAAUUGCAUAUCCAACAUUGAUUGAUAUUUUACCCAGCAAUGCAAACUUCGAAGGAAAUUUCUCAAUUAAUGGUCUUGUUGUGACAAUAACAUUAAGUGAUAAGAAACCAAUUAAUACUAAGAUGACCUUCUCAACGAGAAACCCUACACUUGAUUUUAACUCUGCCCAAUGUGCAUUUUGGGACUUUAGUCAUAAUGGUAUAUGGAAUAAUGAUGGCUGUACGCCAGAUCUUGACGGAGAAAACGUCAUUUGUAAUUGUGAGCAUUUAACAUCCUUUUCCAUUUUAAUGUCCGCUAAGCCAGUGAAGGACAGUAUUCUGAGUUCUAUAACCCAAAUUGGAGUUGCUGUUUCUCUAGCAAGCUUAAUAAUAACCAUCAUUAUAGAAGCAGUGGUAUGGAAGCAUGUGACCAAGAGUAAAACAUCACAUAUUCGCCACAUGGCAAUUCUGAACAUUGCUAUCAACUUGCUGAUAGCAGAUGUAUGGUUUAUCGUGGCAGACUCUGUAAAACAAGAUACAGGAGCUUGUGUGGCUGCAACCUUUUUCAUUCAUGUUUUCUACCUCGCCGUAUUCUUUUGGAUGUUCACCCUUGGCCUUCUACUUAUGUACCACCUGGUUUUCUUACUCCACAAUAUCAGCAAAUCUGUUUUGAUGGGAAUCUCAUUUGGCAUCGGCUAUUUGUGUCCAAUAAUAAUUUCAGCCAUUACAAUUGGAGUUACCUAUCCACAGAACAGUUACAUAAGAAAAGACGCCUGUUGGCUCAGUUGGAGGGAAAAAUACCCGAUACUUGCUUUCAUUAUACCAGCUUUGUCUAUCAUCGUAAGCAACAUUAUUGUUCUAGUUGUGGUCAUAUUCAAGCUCCUACGACCAAAAAUUGGAGACAGGCCCAGGGGCCAUAAUGAGGAGAAGGAUACAAUAAAACCGAUUGUGAGGAACAUUGCAGUGCUAACCCCAAUCCUUGGACUCACAUGGGCAUUUGGAAUACCAACCUUUCAAAAGAACCCCCAUAUUGCUUUCCAAUAUAUAUUUACAAUUCUCAAUGUUUUUCAGGGUUUCUUUAUUUUGGUCUUCGUAACAUGCAUGGAUAAAAAGGUGCAAGAGGCUCUAUUGAAGAAGUUCUCAUUGACCAGAUUUUCUUACCGAUCAGAGUCUGAACAGACUGCUUCCACAGGAGAGUUUAACUCGAAGCAUGAAAUUGCACUUUCUGGGAGUAUAAAGAAGCCCAAUAUUUCAGGUUGUUUACAUUCAUAUAGCAAGGACAAACUCCUGGGCUAUUCUACUCUGAAUUAACUGCUGAAGCUCAGAAGACAGAACUGACUCUUCAGAUGCAGAGGAGAGUUGAUUACCACCUCAACAAAUCUAUUUCAGCAGUGAAUUAAGAAGAAAUGAUCAUUUAUGACAGAAAUUUCAAAACUGUAGGGAAUAUUCGGUAUGUAAUUAAUAUGCAUUAUUCCAAAGGAUUAGCAAUUUUUUCUUUGUAUUCUAGGGCAAUAAUUAAUAUCAACGAAAAAUAAGAACAUUGUGGAUAUUAAAAACAAUUAACUACUGUAUUAUAUAGAUUGGCAUAAAAUUUUUCCAUUAAUUAAAUAAUUCACUCACAUAGAUUUUUCAAACUGGGUAGUCAUGUAGACAAUAUUCAGAUUUCAUUUUAGAUAAAACACAGAACAUGCUGAAGGAACUCAGCAGGUUAGGCAACAUCCAUGGAAAUGAAAAAACAGUUGAAAUUUCAGGCCAUGACUGUGCUUUAGAACUUCUGCUUUGGAUUUCAAGCAUCUGCAGAGUUUCUUUUGUUUAUUUUUUUCAUUUUAGAUAGCUAUAUUUGUGUUCAGCUUAUUUUGUCUGAUUACAGGUCACUCCUCCUACCUCUCCCCAACAUGUAUCACACUGUGGUACGUUCUACAAAUCUGUGUGUUCAUUCCAUAGCAAGAUUCAAUUGAAUGGCAGAUCACUCACUGUUGAGAUGUAGCAGGAUGCUCAUUUAAUAUGAAUUUCCUAACUGUCUGGCUAUUAAUUUGAAAUUAUAGAAUAUUACUCAUAUUAUUGAAUAUUGAUAGAUCUAGAUAGAGUGGAUAUGGAGAGAAUGUUUCCCUUUGUGGAGGAUUUUCAGA